AAUAACCUCGUGUGAUUGCCACGAAAGCGCACGUCUGUAUUCCCCCGCGGGUGGGUGACAUUCGGUUGGAACGUUUUGCGCAAUAUUUCCAUUUUCAGUUUCAUGAUUUCUUCUGACGUGGAUAACCAAUCUAAUUACAAUGUACCGUCCGCGCAACUUAUUUGAUCUUGACAUUUGCUCUAUCGAGAAAUCGUUGGCGCAUUAAUAUGAGAAAAUCUGUGAGUCGCAACAUCACUUUGGUGAAUAGAGUUGGUAUUUAAUUUGAUGAUUGGAUAAUUCAAAUUCUUUUCGUAUUUUUUCAAGGGUGGAUUGGAUGUUAUGUAAGAAGAGCGAGGCGGUUUCCUCCCCCUGGGGCCACUAUUUUUCGAUUUGAGAUGGGUGGAGCAAGGUCGAUAAUUAAUGUAUUCAUCUAGCAGGGAAUUUGAUGGUGUUGAACGGAAAAAUGCCCUUCAUUACCCAAUCCGCAUUGUUUGAUCUUGUAAGUAGGAAUCCACAAAAAAAUUCUUCCGCAAAGAUCAACAGCCACUUCAAUGGCCCAGAGCCAAUUUAAUUCAAACAAUUAUACCUUACCGACAAAAAUAGGAUGUCAAUAACACUCGAUUGUCAUCAAGGUAUUUCGGUGGCCAUCUUGCUUUUAAUUGAAGUGCAUUCAAAGAGGGUGGAUACUAUCUCAAAAACAAGAAAACCUGCCUGGGAAAACAAAAAGGAACACACCCAGAUUAAAAUACCAGUUCGUCUUUUCCUGUUUGUCCUAAACUCUGGUCGACUGAAAAACUCCCUUUGCCAAUCCUCCAUUAGAGGAAGAUAUACCAUUUCCUCAGUCAGAAUAGAAGCAGUGCUUCGCCAAUGGACACCAUGCAUCUCGUCAUCCGCACAACUAUGAUUCUUGCCGGAGCGUUGGUGCUUGCCAAUUUCGGGGUAGUUGAUGCUCUCCCUAUUUCCAACAUUGACGUAAUCGCAGAAAUUGCUGAGGAGGCCGGCUCGGACGAAGGCUUGCUAACUAUACCUGUUGCAACUACAACUAGAGCAUCGUUAUUCCAUCGAAGACAAAUGGCGUUGAGAGAUUUUAUAAGAAGUAGAACGCUGACGACAAAAGCUCCUGUUCGGAUUAAACCUCUACUUUUCCCUGUCCGGAGAAACACCAAUGGAAGCACGGUCUACCUCUUGGAUUCUUUCAACAGUCGAAAUAAAGAGGAGACUGUUUUUCAAAUCAGACCGGACUUGACAAAACCAACGGAAAUUCCCCCGGAACUAAUGGCUAAAUUCCCGAUUAUGUCCAAUAGGAAUCAUUUCAACGACUAUGAAUUCAAUCGGGUCCCUGUGACAUCGCCUGCUGAGAAAUACGAGAAGUAUUCCUUUCAAGAUUUAAUGCGGAUUCUCAAAGAAAACGAUACAGUUGCGGGGGAACAAUUGAGGACUGCUAAUAUUUCUUUUGAUGGAAUUUUCGGAUAUUCCGGCGAAAAUGACUUCUCCUUGGAGCCUAUCGGUAAAGCAUCAGCCAAAGGCGUAUCCUGGGAACCGUUAAAAGAAGCCGUUUUGCAUUUUCUGCAAGCACCAGCGUCAGGUAAGCUGUCUUUCGACGCCAACAGUACAGAGAGUCUCGAACUUCCAGGAGAAAUUUCCACUGAAUCUGAUGAGUUCUUCGAACCGAAUAAGGAGACCAACAGUACGACAGUUGAGGAACUGGAGGUUUAUACCUCAGCAGAGUCAACUACGGAUUCCGGGAAAAAAGAAUCGACCAGUACGACAGAUGAGGAACUGAAGAUUUCCUCAGCAGAAUCAACUACAGAUUCCAGGGGAAAAGAAUCGACGAAAGUUGAGGAACUGAAGAUUUCCUCAGAGUCAACUACAGAUUCCGGGAAAAAAGAAUCGACUACUGAAAUUUCGCUGGAUUCAAUUUUGAAUUUGAACUUUUGGGAACUCUUGAAAGAAACACCUUUACCAUUAAUGCCAACAGCUUCAACAGCAGCAGUAGAAGUAUCCACAGAACCGGUUACCAUAUAAACUGAAAAACCAAACGUCGUUUCCACCGCAAAGUAAACGGCUAUGUCGACUUAUUAGCCUUCGGGGACUUUGGAAUCCUUUUCGUAAUUCAAUCAUUAUGCACCAUGUACAUGUUAUUUGCAAUAUCCAUAGAUCAGUAAAUGUUGAUUGAUAACAUCUCGAAAAUAAAUUAUUUAAAAA